AUGGAACAACCCGAAGCCGUUAUGGUGUAUCCGGGCUGGCUGAACUGGUUCGAACAAGCCGUAAAUCCGAUGUGGAGCUUGCGACGAAGGCCCCCAACCCAUGCCUCUGUCAGGGUCAGCGUCGUCACCGAGAGACUGAAGACCUGUUUGCCCACCGUCAAAUCGCACGUCACCUUGGCACCUCACUCGUCUGUGGUGUCCGAUGUGCAAAUGUUGCCGCAGAACAUGGCUCUAGCGCACAAAAUCUGCGAAGCUAAUUUGUCUUUCACCGUGAGCCAGUCACGAUAA